AGAGUCCGUCGAAGGUCUUCCCCGCGAUGGGACUGAAGGGGCUCUUUUGUUGUUCUGUUUUCUGAACUUUAGCGGAGGAUUCCCUGAAGCAAUUCCCCCUUCCACACCCCUCCCCGCAACUUUCUCUCGCCGGUCGCCUCAGAAACAGGAGAAAGAAAAGGAAGAGACGUUUAAAAGUCGCUUCUUGAGGCGGGCGGGCGAGGGGGCAAGCCAUGACAGAAGAAAGCAAAGGGGACGGUAAAGGAGAAAGCGGGAAAGACCUGGAGAAGCAGCUUCGCCUUCGAGUGUGCGUUUUGAAUGAGCUGCUGAAGACGGAGCGGGACUAUGUGGGCACUUUGGAGUUUUUGGUGUCGGCAUUUCUUCACAGAAUAAUGCAAUGGGCUGUUUCUAAAGUUGAUAAAAACAUUACGGAGGAAACAGUUAAGACAUUGUUCUCAAAUAUUGAAGAUAUUCUUGAAUUGCACAAGAAUUUCCUUUCUAGGAUUGAAGAAUGUCUGCAUCCUGAACCUAGUGCUCAACAUGAAGUGGGAACCUGCUUUCUUCGUUUUAAGGACAGAUUUCAUAUUUAUGAUGAAUAUUGCAGUAACCAUGAGAAAGCACAGAAGCUUUUGCUGGAACUUAACAAAAUAAGAACAGUACGAACUUUUCUACUGAACUGCAUGCUGCUAGGAGGACGCAAUAAUACUGAUGUACCGCUAGAAGGUUAUUUAGUAACACCAAUCCAGAGAAUAUGCAAAUAUCCCCUUCUUUUAAAGGAGUUGUUAAAACGCACUCCCAAGAAACAUAGCGACUACUCUGCCUUAAUGGAAGCUCUCCAAACCAUGAAAGCUGUCUGCUCCAACAUAAAUGAGGCCAAGAGACAGAUGGAAAAAUUAGAAGUUUUAGAAGAAUGGCAAUCUCACAUUGAAGGAUGGGAGGGAUCAAAUAUUACAGACACAUGUACAGAAAUGCUGAUGCAUGGAGUUUUGCUGAAGAUCUCGGCAGGAAAUAUACAGGAACGGGUGUUUUUUCUUUUUGACAAUCUUUUGGUCUAUUGCAAGAGGAAGCAUAGACGAUUAAAGAAUAGCAAAACAUCUGCAGAAGGCCAUCGGUAUCUCUUCAGGGGCAGAAUAAACACAGAAGUGAUGGAAGUGGAGAAUGUAGAUGAUGGCACAGCUGACUAUCACAGCAGUGGCCACAUUGUUCUCAAUGGCUGGAAGAUUCACAACACAGCAAAGAACAAAUGGUUUGUGUGUAUGGCGAAAACACCUGAAGAAAAGCAAGAAUGGCUGGAAGCUAUUCUAAAAGAAAGGGAAAGAAGAAAAGGGUUAAAGCUAGGCAUGGAGCAAGAUACCUGGGUGAUGAUCUCUGAGCAAGGAGAGAGACUGUACAAAAUGAUGUGCAGACAAGGGAACCUGAUCAAAGACCGCAAAAGAAAAUUAACCACUUUUCCAAAAUGCUUCCUUGGAAGUGAAUUUGUGUCCUGGUUAUUGGAAAUUGGAGAGAUUCACAGACCAGAGGAAGGCGUUCAUCUUGGGCAGGCUUUACUAGAAAAUGGAAUUAUCCACCAUGUUACAGACAAGCACCAAUUUAAACCUGAACACAUGCUCUACAGAUUCCGUUAUGAUGAUGGCACAUACUAUCCAAGAAGCGAAAUGCAGGAUGUCAUUUCUAAGGGUGUGAGAUUGUAUUGUCGUCUGCACAGUCUAUUUACACCUGUAGUAAGAGAUAAAGAUUAUCAUCUAAGAACCUACAAAUCUGUAGUCAUGGCUAAUAAAUUGAUAGACUGGCUAAUUGCACAGGGGGAUUGCAGGACCAGAGAAGAAGCAAUGAUCUUUGGGAUAGCACUUUGUGACAAUGGAUUUAUGCACCAUGUGCUGGAAAAAAGUGAAUUUAAGGAUGAACCACUUCUCUUUCGUUUUUUUGCCGAUGAAGAAAUGGAAGGGUCAAAUAUGAAGCACAGGCUCAUGAAACAUGACUUAAAAGUAGUGGAAAAUGUUAUUGCAAAGUCACUUCUGAUUAAAUCAACUGAAGGAAGCUAUGGUUUUGGUUUGGAAGACAAAAACAAAGUACCAAUAAUUAAAAUAGUGGAAACGGGAUCAAAUGCCGAGAUGGCAGGUCUGGAAGUUGGGAAAAAGAUCUUUGCCAUUAAUGGUGACCUCAUUUUUCUGAGACCCUUCAGUGAAGUGGAUAGCUUUCUGAAAGCAUGUUUAAGCAGCAGAAAAUCCCUUAGAGUACUUAUGAGCACAAAACCAAGGGAAACAGUGAAGAUUCCUGACUCUGUGGAAGGUCUUGGAUUCCAAAUAAGAGGAUUUGGUCCAUCGGUUGUCCAUGCUGUUGGAAGAGGAACUGUUGCAGCUGCAGCUGGCCUCCAUCCUGGACAAUGCAUAAUCAAAGUGAAUGGAAUUAACGUCAGCAAAGAAACCCAUGCAAGUGUUAUUGCCCAUGUUACAGCCUGCAGGAAAUACAGACGUCCAAUGCAUCAAGAUUCUAUUCAAUGGGUAUAUAACAGCAUUGAGAGUGCCCAAGAAGAUCUUCAGAAAUCCAACUCCAAACCAUUAGGGGAUGAUGGAGGAGAUGCAUUUAACUGCAAAGUUGAAGAAGUAAUUGACAAAUUUAAUACUAUGGCAAUAAUUGAUGGAUGGAAGGACCAUGUCAGUCUGACUGUUGAUAAUGUUCAUCUGGAAUAUGGUGUUGUUUAUGAAUAUGACAGUACUGCUGGAAUAAAAUGUCAUGUUUUGGAGAAGAUGAUUGAACCAAAUGGCUUCUUCAGCUUGGCUGCAAAGAUUCUUGAAGCACUAGCAAAAAGUGAUGAGCAAUUUGUGCAAAAUUGUAAUACCCUAAAUAGCUUAAAUGAACUAAUCUCUCCUGACCUUCAAAUUAAAUUCAGUACUAUUUGCAAUGACAAAAUAGAACACAUCUGCAGAAGAAUCACCAGUUACAAAAAGUUUUCACGGGUUUUGAAAAACCGAGCUUGGCCUACCUUCAAGCAAGCCAAGUCAAAGAUCUCACCAUUACACAGCAGUGAUUUUUGUCCAACAAACUGCCAUAUAAAUGUGAUGGAAGUCUCAUAUCCUAAAACUUCAACAUCUCUUGGCAGUGCUUUUGGUGUCCAGCUAGACAGCAGAAAACGUCCUUUGCAUGAAAAAGAAAACAAACAUAUUGACCCAGGAAAACUGAAUCCUAUGGUUUAUGUACAGCAUACAAUUACCACGAUGGCAGCUCCAUCAGGACACUCCCUAGGUCAACAAGAUGGCCAUGGUUUAAGAUACCUGUUGAAAGAAGAGGAUCUAGAAACACAAGAUGUGUAUCAGAAGUUGUUGUCUAAACUACAAGCUGCAUUAAAAGAGGUGGAAAACUGUGUUUCUCAAAUAGAUGACCUUCUCUCUUCAAUAACAUAUUCUCCAAAAUCAGAACAUAAACCCUGUGAAUCGUUAGCACCAACAGACAGUGAUAAUGAAAAGGGAGAACGCAAUGGAAAAAAGGUCUGCUUCAGUGUAACAGGUGAUGAGCAAGAAGAUUCUGGCCAUGACACUAUUAGCAACCGGGACUCAUACAGUGACUGCAACAGCAACAGGAACUCUAUUGCUUCUUUUACCAGUAUUUGCAGCAGCCAAUGCAGUUCUUACUUCCACAGUGAUGAAAUGGAUUCUGGCGAUGAACUCCCUCUAAGUAUACGCAUCUCUCAUGACAAGCAGGACAAACUACAUGGCUGUCUGGAGCAUCUUUUUGGUCAGGUAGAUUCAGUUAUCAGUCUUCUGAAAGGACCAGCAGUAGCAAGAGCUUUUGAGCAGACCAAGUUCUUCACGCCAGGAAGAAACUUGCAAGAGUUUCUGCAGGAAGUUGAACUUAAACUCAGCUGUCCAAAGCGACUGAGACUUCACAUCAAGCAGGACCCUUGGAAUCUUCCCAAUAGUGUACGAAACCUUUCCCAAAACAUCAAGAAAUUCACUGAAGAGACAAAAGCAAGGAUUCUUCUGGCUCUUCUAGAAUAUACAGAUAGUGAGAUACAACUUAGGCGAGACAUGGUCUUCUGCCAGAGUCUAGUGGCUACAGUUUGUGCUUUUUCAGAGCAGUUAAUGGCUGCUUUAAAUCAGAUGUUUGAUAACAGCAAGGAGUGUGAAAUAGAGACUCAAGAGGCCAGCAGAAGAUGGUUGGAACAAAUUUCUGAUGCAGGUGUCCUCCUUUAUUUCCAGUCCCUCUUGUCACCCAACAUGAUGGAUGAACAAGCUAUGCUAGAAGAUACAUUGGUUGCAUUAUUUGACCUGGAGAAAGUUACAUUUUAUUUUAAACAAUCUGAACAAAAGCCUCUGGUUGCAAAUAUGCCAAUUACUUAUCAAGCAGAAGGAAGUCGUCAAGCUCUGAAAGUUUACUUUUAUCUUGAUAGUUACAAUUUUGAACAACUUCCUCAAAGGCUGCAGAAUGGUGGAGGUUUUAAAAUUUAUCCAGUCCUGUUUGCACAAGCCCUAGAAAGCAUGGAAGGCUAUUAUUACAGGGACAGUGUAUCAGUAGAAGAAUUUCAAGCCCAAAUUAAUGCAGCUUCACUGGAAAAAGUAAAACAGUAUAACCAGAAACUCAGGGCAUUUUACCUGGACAAGUCAAAUCUUCCACCUAAUUCAACAUCAAAAGCUGCUUAUAUAGAUAAGCUGAUGCGGCCUAUCAAUUCUUUGGAUGAACUUUAUCGGCUGAUGGCAUCUUUCAUAAGAUCUAAGCGCACAGCAGCCUGUGCUUACACAGCUUGCAGUGCCUCUGGAGUUGGACUGCUGUCAGUGUCUUCAGAACUUUGUAGCCGACUUGGAGCUUGCCAUAUCAUCAUGUGCAAUAGUGGAGUACACCGUUGCACUCUGAGUGUCACUCUGGAGCAGGCUUUAAUUCUCGCUCGUAGUCAUGGCUUACCUCCUCGCUACAUCCUGCAAGCUACAGAUGUGAUGCGCAAACAAGGAGCAAGAGUACAAAACACGGCAAAGAAUUUAGGAGUAAGGGACCGAACACCACCAACUGCUCCAAGGUUGUACAAGCUCUGUCAGCCACCGCCUCCUGUUGGAGAGGAGUGAAGAUUCCCAUAUGAGGAAUAAUCAAACAGUGUUCGAUAAAAUGUGCUUUGAGUAUUGAUCACCAAUCAAGCAUCUUCAGAUAGAGCAGUUUCUCUUUUUAAAUAUGACUGACCUAAUGAAGAACAAUUAUUUCUGAAGGGGAAAAAUACUACAGUAUUUGAAUUUGCUGCAAAUUUACAUAUAGGGCAUUUUGAAUGCCAGUCCCCCAAGUGCCCACUGAUAAGAGGAUGAACACAAAAAUGAAAUGCCAGUUGGGGAGAAAAGCAUGAUCUCAGAUCCCUUCAGAAAGGGAUGAUGCCUUGAUUCAAAGAGAGAUAAAAGAAUAAACAAAUUCACAUUGUUAUAUUAGACUUAGUAUAACCCCCUGUUCCAACAUUUAAAUUUUCUAAAUUGGAACUGUACUUGAAAUUGGCAUUUUUGUGAGGAUGCAGUUACUUAGAGCAGAAUCUUUAUUCCUAAUAUGGGGAAAUGUGUUUGGUGCAACGCUAGUGACAUUCAGCAUAAGAUAUAUAAUAAUUUCAUAGUGAGAUGAGAGAAUGGAAGUGACAACAAGAGUCUGAGGAGUCAAAUUUCUAUUCAUUGGUCUUUUGGAACCAUUGUCAGUGUGCUUUGUGGGAUAGGGGAUGCUUUAUGGAAUAAGAACUGGAGAUACAGAAAAUGUAACUGAGAACAUAAAUGUGUAUAUAUUUUUGUGUUUCAGAAGUUCUGACAUACAUUUAUAUGAAAAUAUAUUUUGAGGUUGUUAUGUGCUGUCAGUUUGCUUCUGAUAGUCUGAGAAUCAUUGUUUUGUUUUCCAUAUUUGUUGGCAUAUUCUUGUUAGGAAUUUGACAGAUUCAUUGUCUGUGACUUGAAAUAGUUCUAUUGGUAUUCCAUCUACCCUUGAUUAUUUAUUUCUUCCUAGUGCUUUCAGAGCAGCUUCUAUUUCACUUUUUAGAAUUCAGAUUUUUCAUCAUAGGAUUGGUUAGCUCAGUCGUAUAUGCAUCUGCCUGUGGGGCCAGAGGUUGAAUGCUUGAUUUCCCACUGGGCCUCUUUGA